AUGCAGAUCUUCGUAAAGACUCUCAUCGGCAAGACCAUAACCCUCGAGGUCGAGUCCUCGUACACCAUCGACAAUGUGAAGGCCAAGAUUCAGGACAAGGAAGGCAUCCCGCCGGACCAGCAGCACCUCAUCUUCGCCGGGAAGCAGCUCGAGGACGGCCGCACCCCCACCGACUACAACAUCCAGAAGGAAUCCAACCUCCACCUCCUGCAAGGUGAGGAGCUAUUGGUGUUGGGGGAGAGGAGCAAAGUCGUAAGGGAUGUGAACGCGCUGCCGUGGAAAGGGGGCAGCGAGGAAAGCGUGGACUACGAGUUUCUGAGGGCCGAGCUGCGGAAGAUGGCGUGGACCAACGGGCAGGUCGUUCUUCUCUUCUGCCCGAGGUGUGGGUGUCCAAUGUCGAAGCUCGAAGGGUGGGGGCCCGCUAAACUGGGCGGCGUCACAAGAAGGAGUUAUUGUUCCUGUAAUUAUGCAUUAGCUGGGAUGAGGCUGCACUGGUUGUUGGCCUUGCUUUCAAGGGCGUAUAAGAAAAUGCAUCCAACAGUGCUCAUGUUAAUGCUCACCUCGCUAUAUCGGCUGCUAUUCGUGAUGUUAGCAAGCUUGUUGUUAAGGAACUCACUAGUUGGGUCAUCUAUCUGCUACAUGGCUACUCGUGUAGAACUUUUAUUGUCAAAUUCUCAUAUGCCAAGAAGUAGUUCAUAUGGAAAUGCAAUAUUGAUCUUCGAUUCCAACAGCGGCUGCCACGUGGAGCUCAAUAGCCUGCUGAACAACCAUCGUAACAGCGAGUUCUCUGAGCCGCUCACCUCGUUCGACUGGAACGAAGCCGAGCCGCAGAGGAUAGGCACCUCCAUCUCAAGCCUUGUCGCCGCACGCAGUACAACCGAGAGCUCGCACGCCGGCAGCCUUCACUCGAGCAGCCACCACUUCCGGCAACCAGAAGCAAGAGAGAGACGAGAGAAGGAAAGUUGGACCCCCUGCAGCAGCUUUGAGUGA